AUGUCGCUUGAACUUAAACCAGAGAAGGUCAAGAUAUAUCUCAAACUUCUCACUGAAGCAUGUAUUGCAUGCAAUGGUAAUAAAGGUAGUUUGAGAAAAGAUCUAUGGGCAUACCUUCGUGAAAAAUAUGAUGAAUCAGUAGAUUACAGAGAUUUUUUGUUUGCAAUUAAAAGAUUCUAGCAAGAGGGAAAGAUUCUAAGUAGUGAUGGUAUUUUUGAGAUGCAUCAUGAGGUUCUAGUCGAAGUCAGAGAGAAAACUCCAACUCCCGCCCUAAAACCCAAAUAAGGAGAAGGAAGAGCUUCUGAAAAUAAUGUCUAUAUGAAGUUCCUAUCUGGCUAACUAGAUGAUAGUUCAAAUACUAAAAAGAAAGGUAAAUAUCCUUUGGACUCUAAAAUCUCAGAUUCAGGAAAGAAACAAAAGGUUAAGCCUCACAAAAUAAGCCCGAGUCAAAGAGGGAUUUAAAAAUACUUUAUAAAAAAACAAAUGAAUUCGCUACAAAACAUUGAGGACUUUGACACAGAAGCUAUGCAAACGAAAACUCUUGGCUUUGCAACUCCUGCUUUUGAUUCUAAGAUCAUGCAUGUUGAAAAUGUAAAUAAUGAAAAAGAAACACCCAAAAAGACAAGCAAAGAUAAUAUUUCUAAACGCAUGAGCAACCUGUAAAAGUAGAAAAAUUACUAAUCCAAAAAUGAAUUAAGGAAGAAACAACUAGAGCAGUAAUUGCAAUAAGUUACGAAGAAAAUUUAGAAAAAUAAAAAAUUCACCAACGAGAAAGAUCAUAGCAGUAGAAAGAAUGAAAAGCCUCAUCAUGACAAGAAAUAGCCAAAAUAAAAUUAUGAUCAGGCCUUUAAAGUGAAUCAAUCACUAAAUCAAAAAGAGCAGUUGGAUAAAUUACUUCAAUUGGAAACAGAAAAACUUAAAAAAUAGUAGAGAGAUGAGAGGGAUGAGAGAAAGCGUCAAUUGAAGGAGAAAAAGGAUUAAGUAAUGAAUGAGAAAAAUUAAAAAUUGACAUCUACUGUGAUAAAAGCUCUGAAAAAGGCAAUAUUCUAUAAAAACAUUUAAUUUAGAAAGUAUAGUAACACUAACUAAAAGCAGACUGAAAAAAUUAAGAAGACAAAAUCCAUUAAAAAAAUAGAUGCAUUGAAGAUCAAGAAAUCUAAGGCUCAUAAAAAACUAAGAGCACUUAAUCAGUUGAAGAAUGAGAACAAAACACCAAAACUAAUGAUAAAUAGGCUCAGAGGGAAGACACUUGAUCUGACUGAACUUGGUAUUAUUAAGAAGAAAAAGGAUGUAACUCUAAGUAGACAAAGUACCCUUAGACUGGACAAGUCAGUCGAAAGAGACGAAUUGCCUUCAAGACAACUAUCUAGAAGAUCAAGCGUGAAUAGAUAGUUAUCAAAGACAAAAAUAAUUAAGAAAGAGCAAAAGAAAUAAGAGAAGUAAGUAAAGGCCAAAUAGCAAGAAAAAAAAGCAAAAUAGGCUAAGAUAGCAAAAGUAAAGAAGGCUUAUGUGAAAAAGGCUAAAAAGUAAGAUGUACGGGGCGUAGUAGAUUAUGAUCGUAAAGCAAAGUUAGAUGCAGUUAAGAAUUUAAGAUAGCUGUAUAGCAAAGAUAAGCUAAAAGAUGCACUUUACAUUGAUGAAAAACUCAUAUAUCUAUGA